GUGCCGAACGCUGAUUGGCUGCGAGUGAGUGGAGCUGUCAUGGCGGCUGUUCGCAGUGUGUCCCGGUUUCUAGCUGCUGUCAAGGGUCCUGGCUCGGUGUGGGGGCCCCGGGUGUUACCCCGCGCGUACUCUGUCUCUCACCUGUCCGUGCCGGAGCGAAUAGAGAAAAAGAGGAGAGAGGCGCUACUUGGCGGGGGAGAGCAGCGCAUAGAGGCUCAGCACCGAAGGGGAAAGCUAACAGCACGGGAACGGAUCAGUCUUCUGUUGGACCCAGGGAGCUUUGCAGAAUAUGACAUGUUUGUGGAGCACCGAUGCUCAGAUUUUGGGAUGGAAGAGGACAGAAAUAAGUAUCCUGGAGACAGCGUAGUCACAGGACAAGGCCGCAUCAAUGGGAGGCUAGUUUAUGUCUUCAGCCAGGAUUUUACUGUUUUUGGGGGCAGUUUAUCUGGGGCACAUGCUCAAAAGAUCUGCAAGAUCAUGGAUCAGGCUGUGAUGGUGGGAGCUCCUGUUAUUGGACUCAAUGAUUCGGGAGGGGCUCGUAUCCAGGAAGGUGUGGAGUCACUGGCUGGCUAUGCUGACAUAUUCCUGAGGAACGUACUGAGCUCUGGGGUUGUGCCUCAGAUUUCCCUGAUUAUGGGGCCAUGCGCUGGGGGUGCAGUCUACUCACCGGCAUUAACAGACUUCACAUUUAUGGUGAAGGACACUUCCUACCUAUUCAUCACUGGCCCAGAUGUAGUGAAGUCAGUUACCAAUGAAGACGUAACUCAGGAAGACUUGGGCGGAGCCAAAACCCACACUGCAUUGUCAGGGGUGGCUCAUCGUGCUUUUGAAAAUGACAUUGAUGCUUUAUUAAACUUACGGGAAUUCUUUAACUUUCUACCACUGAGCAAUAAAGACCCAGCACCAGUCAGAGAGUGUCAGGAUCCAAGUGACCGUCUUGUUCCUGGACUGGAUACUGUGGUUCCCAUGGAGACCACAAAAGCAUAUGACAUGCUGGAUAUCAUACACUCGAUCAUAGAUGAGAGGGAAUUCUUUGAAAUCAUGCCAAACUAUGCCAAGAACAUUGUAGUAGGAUUUGCCAGGAUGAAUGGAAGAACAGUUGGCAUUGUGGGAAACCAGCCUAAGGUGGCCUCAGGUUGCUUGGACAUUAAUUCCUCUGUGAAAGGAGCCCGCUUUGUCCGAUUCUGCGAUGCCUUUAACAUACCUAUUAUCACUUUUGUCGAUGUUCCAGGAUUUUUACCAGGUACUGCCCAAGAGUAUGGAGGGAUAAUCAGACAUGGAGCAAAACUGUUGUUUGCCUUUGCAGAGGCCACAGUCCCAAAGAUCACUGUGAUCACCAGAAAGGCUUAUGGUGGUGCCUAUGAUGUGAUGAGCUCAAAGCAUCUGAGAGGCGAUGUUAACUAUGCGUGGCCAACAGCGGAGGUUGCAGUUAUGGGAGCUAAGGGGGCUGUUCAGAUCAUAUUCCGUGGCAAGCAGAACCAAGCCGAAGCAGAGGAAGAAUACGUAGAGAAAUUCGCCAACCCAUUUCCUGCAGCAGUGAGAGGGUUUGUUGACGACAUUAUUCAGCCAUCGACAACACGAAUGCGCAUCUGCCGUGAUCUGGAGGUGCUGGCAAGCAAGCAAGUAGUGAAUCCCUGGAAGAAGCACGCAAACAUUCCUUUAUGAGCCAGUCAUGUCCUCCCAACCAGGACUGCAUAGUGGAAUUCACCCAAAACAAGCAUUUCCAAUCAAAACGCCUGCACUUAAGCAGAUAUGAUUGAUAUCAUUGUGACUGAACCGGGCCCUAAAUCCUGCCCUUUAGCACAGGAGGGUGGAAGUCCUGCCCACACUGUUGAUUCUCAUCUAGGAGUUUACAUCCGUUUUCACAAGAUUUUAUCAUUGUGAUAUAAAAUCUACAAAAUUAUGUACUAUAAUAAACAAAGAAAAAUAACUUCAUAUUUAAUAUC